GCUGAAGUGAUUAUGCUGCCCUUCGAAUGUAGGCAAGGAGGAUACAAGGGUCCUUUGCUGGCUGAAAGAAUCGAGCUUCACUUGGACUCUGUCACCUCCUACGAAGAUUUGGCAGGCGAAGUAAACAGUGAGCUCCACCACAUCGGCCAAGGAGAUAAGAAGGUAAAAUUUUUGCAGUUCUUCCGGACCGGAGACGAGCAUGGCCCCACCUUGGGGUUCAUGAAUUUCCCACAGACAGAGACACCAUUCCCGGGGCCGAUCAAAGGCUUCCUCGACCAGCAGCGUGUUGUCAAGGGACUUGCCAUUGUUUGAACCCGUUCACGGACCUGGGAGUAUGGCCCAAGCAUGCCAGUGGAAUCUUUGCCCCAGCGCAUUGGAGUGAUUUUCAGGAGCCUGGCCCCAGAGUCGCCACCUCUGCAGUCAGCAUAGCAGCGCAGGGCUCCUUUGCAGCUGUGACAAGUGUGUUUGGUAUUAGCACUGAAUGCUGAGUUUUUUCAAGGAACUUCCAUACAAACUAAAAAUUCUCUAAAACAGGCUGAUGAGGCUGAUGUGAGCAUGAUCUAUCGAUCCACUCCUUCUUGCAGGUAGUGUUUGGUGUCUGCCUGCUCUCCUGUGACAGGAGAGCGGUUCUUUGCCUUGCCCUGACUCACUGUGUGCUCCUCUUCAGACCGAGCCAGGCAUAAUUAUCCAUUUGUCACUGUGAUGUUGUUUGCCUUUUGUGUCCUGUUUGUCUGCAUGUGUCUGAUCUGUAACAGGAUUGCAUCUGUAUAGGCUUAUGCAGUGCUCCGGAGUGUCUUCUUUGUCUCUUUGAGGGAGCUGGUAGGAGGGCAACAGUUUGAUGGGUUCCUUGCCUUGUCACCUUUUGAGCGCGCCGCCUCUUUUUUGAGAGACGACUUCAUGUCAGGAGUCCUUAAUCAGUUGCAUGCGGUCCACCGCCUUGGGGACAGUUUCCUUGUGGACAUUGUGUCCCUUAGGACCUCCUUGUUGCCCGCAUAGUGACUUCAGCUUUGUUCUAGUGGUGUACACUGUUCCGUGUGUGAUGACUACAUGUUUGUCUGUGAUUGUCUGCCCAACUCUGGGUAUUCCUGCAAGAUAACCUCAACGUCACCUACAAUGGUGUUGCGUUGCUGGCAGGCCAGAGGCCCCGGAUAUAGAGGGGUACUCAUCCUGGGCAGGGAGUGCAUGCAUGUAUAUGAUGAGUGAGUGAUAGGCUGCAGACCAAUGAAGGCCCCGCAGAUGUGGCUGCAGACGCCCUGCGUGUAUGCCCUAUGGCUUCUGGCUUUGGGUUUGCCGACCUGU